CAACACCACUCGCGCCACUCUCUCUCUCCGUAGCAUAGGAAUCAUCCCUUCCGACCGCCCUCCUUGGGAUUAGAAUUGGCUUUGGGUUUGGUUGUCUUGCAACAACAACAACCGCUGCGGGCGGCACCAAUACACCGCCCCUCCCCGCUCCUGCUGCCAUGGCCAUAAUGCUGCUGCUGCUGCUGUUGCUCCCAGUGCUAACCCCGGUUUUAUCACCAGCAGCAGCAGCGGCGACUGCAGCAAUAUACUCCUCAUUCAGCUCCUCGAAGACCUCGACCUCGACCGUCUUGAUGAUCCCUCCGCGUGGCCACCAGGCUUCCAGGUCCAUAUCAGCGCCCCGUCCUCUGUCUUCGUCGUGGUCGUUACCAUAUCCAUACCCUUCCCCCCUUUCCUUCUCCUCCUUCUCAUCAUCCAUGCCCCUAUUCUUGUGCGUCACAUACCCGAGAUGUCUCUCACCCUCCACCCCCGGCGGUCCGUCCAUAUCCGGACGCUGUCUCUUUCGUCUUCCUCUUCCCCUCCUCCCGCGCUCGUCAUCAUCAAACCCCAGUGCUAAAUCAUCCUUCCGCGCUCUCUGCUCCACGGCCACAACACUAGAGUCGCGGUCCGGGUGGCGGUCGUCGUCCCGGGAACGGGAACUGCCAGUGCCAGGCCGCACAAUAGUACUCCGCUUGCUGUCCGUGCGACUGAGCGGGGAUGAUGAUGCCGUAGUAGUAGUGGUAGUGGUAGCGGUGCGGUUGGUAGACGUGGACGUGGACUUUCCGCUGCGCCCAGACCGGGAUGCUGAGCGGCUUGUUGUGCCUGCAACGGAGGAGGAGAAGAAGGAGGAGGAGGAGGAGGAGCGGUAGGGAUCACGCCCGCUUUUGUUGCCGUUGGCCUUGCGGUCGGUGGACGAUGUCGUCGUUGUCGUUGAAGUACUUCUACUUCUUCUGCCGGCGGUUGUGGUGGCUGCCGUGGUAAAGGAGGGACGAGUGGGGGAGAAGAAGAGGGGCCCGAGGGUGAGGAGAUUGGAGGCGGUUAGAGAGAGGUUUUGUUCUAGGCUGAUGGGUGGUUAAAUAGAGUGAGUUAGGG